AUGGUACAGCUGAGAGCAUCCAGUCCUUGGCGGAAGAUUUGUUGCAAAGAUCAACAUUUGAGCCAGUUGGCCUUGACGAAAGAAUGGUCCAAAGGCGGCUAUGACGCAAUCUUGGGAUUCUCACAGGGUGCCAUUCUGGCAGCAGCACUUUGCACCCGACUGCUGGAGAAAGGGCAACCACCACGUUUUGCGAUUUUCCUUUCUGGCUUUGGCAAACCGAAGCCUGCAGGUUUUACAUUUCCUGAGAGCCCAAUGCCUAUACCGAGUCUGCACAUGUGGGGAGAUGCUGAUGAGCACAUACCCUCAUGGACCAGCAAAGUGCUUGCUGAACGUUUUGACAAUCCACAAGUCCAUGCCCAUGCAGGACAUCACAUCGUUCCCCAGAAGGCCGCAGAUGUGAACAUCAUUCUCAGCUUCAUUGAGAUGAUCGGCCAACCCAAAGCGACAUCCAAUGGCAUCACCAAAACAGGUGGCCCCGCGUCGCCUGGUUACCCAGGGAUCCCCUGUGAUGAGCUCGUCGUCGCGUUGCGCCGCUACUCUGCGCCGCGGCAGACGGCCUAUGCGAUGGAGGAGUUGGAGCAUCCGGGGACCGGAACGUAUGAGAGGCUGGUGGCUUUGCUUCUGGGCAAAGACUAUGCAUCAAUGAGCCACGGAGCCUGUCGAACCUCCGAGGAUGCCGUCAGAGUGAGACUUGCAGGUGGCUGGCAGGAUGUGACUCUCCACAGCGGCGCCAAGGCGAUGUUGCUGCGGACGCCCACGGCCCAGUGGCUCCUGGCCGUGCUGCCGGCGGAUGUCAAGCUGAGUUGGAAGAAGCUGCGUGCCAUGCACGGCAAGGGCACACGGAUCGCCACCGAGGAGGAGGUGGUUGAAGUCACCGGAUGCUUACCUGGUGCAGUGCCACCCAUGGCUGCGGCAUUUCCCCGUCAGGCUGCUGUCGUAGCAGAUGUCACUUUGCCAGAGGUGAUCAACUUUAAUUGUGGCUUGCGGACCCGGUCCAUCCAGAUGAAGAGACAGUGCUAUGAGUCGGUGCAGCCUGCAACCUUUGCUGACAUCAUCGAGUGA